GUGAGAGGCGGUAGCGGCGGCGGAGGUGCUAGCGGCGGCAGCUGCGAGGGGGUUCCGGGAAGAUGGUGCUGAUUAAGGAAUUCCGUGUGGUUUUGCCAUGUUCUGUUCAGGAGUAUCAGGUUGGGCAGCUGUACUCUGUUGCAGAAGCUAGUAAGAAUGAGACUGGUGGUGGAGAAGGAAUUGAAGUCUUAAAGAAUGAACCUUAUGAGAAGGAUGGAGAAAAGGGACAGUAUACACACAAAAUUUAUCACCUAAAGAGCAAAGUUCCUGCAUUUGUGAGGAUGAUUGCUCCUGAGGGCUCCUUGGUGUUUCAUGAGAAAGCCUGGAAUGCAUACCCCUACUGUAGAACAAUUGUAACGAAUGAAUAUAUGAAAGAUGAUUUCUUCAUUAAAAUUGAAACAUGGCACAAACCAGACUUGGGGACGUUAGAAAAUGUACACGGUUUAGAUCCAAACACAUGGAAAACUGUUGAAAUUGUUCACAUAGAUAUUGCAGAUCGAAGUCAAGUUGAACCAGCAGACUACAAAGCUGAUGAAGACCCAGCAUUAUUCCAGUCAGUCAAGACCAAAAGAGGCCCUUUGGGACCCAACUGGAAGAAGGAGCUGGCAAACAACCCUGACUGUCCUCAGAUGUGUGCCUAUAAACUGGUGACCAUCAAAUUCAAGUGGUGGGGACUGCAAAGCAAAGUAGAAAACUUCAUUCAGAAGCAAGAAAAAAGGAUAUUUACAAACUUUCAUCGCCAGCUUUUUUGUUGGAUUGACAAAUGGAUCGAUCUGACGAUGGAAGACAUUAGGAGAAUGGAAGAUGAGACUCAGAAAGAACUAGAAACAAUGCGUAAGAAGGGUUCCGUCCGAGGCACGUCGGCUGCUGAUGUCUAGAUGAGUCCCGGGUAGGGUCAGAGACAAUAUCAAACUGUUUACGUAAUCAAGGUCAAGUGAGGGGAACAAGUGCAGCCAGUGAUGAGUGAAGAAGAAUCUGACCAGUAUCUUGCAGUGUUCACAUUUCCCAGAUGUGUGCUUGUGGUGGUGUACACACAUGCACAGGUUCCCAAACACGUGUGUAUAUAUGUAUGUGUGUGUACGCCUGUAGCUGUAUAUAAAACGCAUGUAGAGCUACAGAUCCAGUUAUACACACUUGUGUAUAUAUGUACAUACAGACAUACUGAAGGGAUUAGUACAAUUUCUCCAAAGUACUGUACCUAUCUUCUGCAAGA